UACCUCGUUGUCAUUGAUUCCAUUUCAGACCAUGUCAGCCUCUUCGGACGACAUUAUCCGCCAUAUUAUCCGGGAUAUUGUCAGCCGAUCGAUUGGCGUCCUCAAAUCCCGACGAACGGAAGUACAAUCGGAAGAGGAUGUGAACGUCCCGGAGACGCUUGCGGCGUUUAUGGUCCGUGCGGUUGUGUUGGAUCCUCGAAAUGGGUUUCGGAUUGAGGGAGAACUUGGAAGAGAUGAGGUCGAGCGGCUGAUCAAGAUAUGUGUGGAUCGAAUUACAGCGAUGAAUUCUCCUGUUAUGGAAACGGUCAAAAUGCAAGUCUACUUUGAUACAAACUUCCCGGCGCAAGGUGAUUUCCUUCACAAAGAAAAGUCUUCCCGUGUAUCUGCAUGUGCGCCGCUCUUGCGUGAAAUCACCGAGGUUAAAACCAAAGCUAUUGCCAUCUACGAAGCCUUGUACCGCAAGAUUGUUUCCUACCUUCUACUUCGCAGUCAUGUCGGAAAUCCAACAGAUAUGCGAGUUAUCCGUGAGACCACAGCUGCCUUGGAGUCCGUCUUUCCACAAUCUGAACUCAGUACAUUCAUUUCGCUUUCCAGACAAGAGAAGGAGGCACAGCUGAAUGGGCUAUCACAGCUUGCAACAGGGAUUAGACUCUUCAACAAGCAGUUGAGGAAAGGUGGAGAGGGAGUGGAUGACUUGCCUGAGUUGUGUAGAAGGGAGCUGCAAGACCUGAGCGAGCGAUUGCGAGUACUGACAACCAACACUGAGGAGCUGAUUCAAACAUAUACAGCUAUCGCCGACUACAGCGAAAAAGCCCCCCGUCCAGAACUCGGUGACCUCGCUCUCGCCCGACUCAAAUCCUCCCUGGUCUUCCGCCGACAAUUUCUGAUUUAUCUUGAUGCACUUCAAGAGCAGACCAACCGAUCUGCGGAAACAUUGUCGACACUCAAGGAGCGAUUCGAAGAGACAGUGAGGGAUUUGAAGACAACGUGUCGCGCAAAGACCGCAGUGCCUGUUGAUCAAGUUUAUCCGCAAUUUAUCAUGCUCGCAAAUCUAUGGACGAAUUACAUGGACGAACUAUUUUUGCUGGCAUUUCGGAAGGGGAUUCUCAAUAAUAUAGAGGAACAUUCCAAGGCAUUUGCAAUGGAUAUCCCACCCAUUACCCUCGCUCUUUCUCAACCGUUCAAGCAAGAUAUUGAGCCAGAAAUACUACCAGAGCAAAAGGUGAUUGCAAAUGCUGCAGACUUAAUGACGGCAGUUGCGGUGACAGGUCAAAAAGGAGUCGAGGUCGUACACCCCGGCAACACGACACAAUACUAUCGGCUGCCUGUGGAGUAUGGUGGAUUCUGCCCAUACACACUCUACAAACGUGACGGGCUGGUUCUCCCAGGAGACAAGAACCUUGGUCUCGUCCGCUGGCGAGAUAAACUGUACGCCUUUGCCACGCUCGAUUCGGCCAAAGAGUUUGCUAAAGCUCCGGACCGGUACACCGAAGCCGUUAUCACACUCGCCAAGCAUUCCCCGUCGUUUGUCCAGCUUUUGCAUUUGUACACGUAUUUUCCCACUGUGGAGGCACUGGAGAAUGCGAAAUCGUUUACGAGGCAAAGGUUGCUGGGGAAGGUGCCGCUAGUCUCCGAGGUUGGAACACAGGUGGAUACACAUGUUGUAGAUAGACAUUUGGAUAAGAAUUAUGAAUGGAAUGAAUGGGAGUUGAGAAGAAAGGCGAUCAUGUUGGUAAACUUGAGAACCAAGCAAACGCACUCUGUACAGACCAACUCGAGUCAUUUCCGGAGAGAAGCCGAAACUCAACAUUACGAGCCACGAGCAAAAGAAACCCAAACGAGGCGCACGCAACCCACUCAAACUCCUAUCAAAAAAGCAUUUCUAUCCAACCUCCGUCACACGCCCGCCUCCAACAACUUUCACGUUGUCGACCUUACUAUCGAUGUGGAUGGCAAGCCGGCUCCAUAUGGAGGUGGCGGAUUUGGAACGAAGAUGGACCUGGAGAGUGCUGCUAAGGCAGGGGCUGGAAGGGUGGUUAGACCAACUGUGGUGGAAAGGGGGGUUUAGGAGGAGUAGUCUUUUAAGUGCUCUGAUUUGUACAACUCGGUUUCAGAAGGAGCGAUGCACCGGGGUAUUAAUGACAAAACUAGACGGAGAACAGUUGAUAGGAUAGUAGCAAAAAGUAUGAUUGACGAUCCUGACAAUUUGGAUUAAAAAGGAAAGACUCGAAUAAAAGGUCCUCAAUGAUCAUUUCAUUUGAGGGUCAUCCACG